AUGCAAGUACGUUUCUUUUCUACAGAUUAUUCAGUGUAUGCCAAAGAUGGUCAGACCUCACUCCGGACCUCCUCGGUUCAAGCCCAGGUAUUUGCAGAAUUUGAGUUAAAUUGCAACAAACAAGGCAGUUUAGACUAAUAGUAAACUAACUGGCAUUGUCAAUUAUUUGGUUUUAAGUAAAUCUAUUUUAAGUGUAGACAUGGCUAAUGAUAAAAUAACAUGAAUUGUGUGGAUGGAUUCUAAAAUACUGUUUUGUUAUUCAACAGGCCCUACUCGGAUGGCUACAACAACAUGCCACAUGAAGAGCAUUACAGCCCCCACCCCAGGAGUCAGAGAGGAUUCCGGGGCCACCCAGGAAAAGCCCCUCCAAGCUGGAGCGAUUCCAGAGGCAGAGGACGCGCUCACUUUGCCAAAAGGCCCACACUGGUGGGAGAACGGCGGGAGCAACAAUUCAAUCAGUGGAGGUCCCAAAACCAGGAUUCCUUCAACACAUACCCCUCUCAAUCGGAGCCCCAUCAUGGCCACAGGAGGCCAUCCCCAUCCAGGCCAAACCGCCCCCCCCAAGCCAAGCAUAGGUCCUCCCCACACAGUCCUGCACAGGGGCAACAGGGCCAGAGGGGAGCACCUAUCCAUGGACAACACCCAGGUCACAGAUCACCGUCACCACACCAUUACCAUAGCCAACCCCCUGACAGGAGGCUGCCACCCUCACCAUCCCCCCACAGUUCCUUCAGGGGCCCCCACAAGCGCCCAGAUCCUUCCCACGAAGAGGACAGGAGCUGGGGUGCCCGGCCGCAUCAUAGCCCCAGGGAGAGGCUGUUUGAGCGCCCAGGUCGUGGGGGGAAGCGCUGGAAUGGGCCAGGGCCCUUUCCCCACCAACACAAUAGUGAACGUGGGCCUUCUGGCACCACGCAGAGAAAGCCACGGGAGUUUCAUGGCAGACGUCCAUAUCCAGAGAGGUACAGGAGUGAAGAUGCAGUAUGGGCUGGGUAAAAUAAAUGGAGAGAGUGUAAACUCACGUAGUCCUCUGCACCACAGAGGUCAAAAUUAUCGUUCAGUGUUACAAUGCUGAUAAACUGUAAAAUGCAGGGAUCUGAUGUUAAUGCACUGGUCACCUGCCACUGGAAAGAGUGUAUAUGCUCACUGAAGGUUUUACUCUCCUACCUGUAUCAUGGCAUUAUAGUGAAGGGGCAGCAUAAAGAAACGCUAAACCUCCGUUUCCUGCUUCACACGAUAAUGGAUCUUCCAAUGUAAUCAUUUGUUGUAUUGUUUGUGAUGGAUGUGCAGGUGGUCUGCUGAGCGAGAUCCCAGGCAGCAGCAUGGAGUGGUGGGAAGGGAGAGGGAGGGCAGCGGACGCCACAGCGUUGAGUGGGCACAGGAAGGCAGCCCUCACCACCCUCCCCACAGAUCCCCUGCAUGGAAACGAGGUCCGUCGUCUUCCUCUUUCUACCAGAACAGCCCGCAGGAAAGGCCAAGUGGACCACCACACAAGCGGAAUUUCCAGGAGCGCAGGAUGCCUCCUACAGGCCCUGGUCUGGAGCAUGGUCAUCCAAAGUUCCCUCGGAGAGAGAUCCCACAAUACUUCUCUAGGGCAUUUGGCGGCCGUCCCUUGUCUCUCAGGGACAAGAGUCGCUUGCUGAAGGGGCGUAAAAUUAGAGCAGAGUCGGUGAUGAGGCUCAAAGCACCUCCACCUCGACCCAGAGGAGCAGAUAUCAAGAACCAGGAAGAGGAAGGUCCGCAUACGUCCAGAGGAAAUGCACGAUCCAAGUUUGCUCUUCGGAAGGAGCGUUUCCAAGCAAAGGCUGGCCCAUUGAGGAAGAGGCCUAUACCUCAUCAGUCACCAGCCAAUUCAACCAAGUCUUCCAGGGACUCUGAGUCACACAAGGAACAUUUGGACUCUCACCGCGCCUUGAGCACACACAGGUACAGUAUCUUCCUUCUCACUCUGGGAGCUGGGGCGUGAUGGUGUUUAGAAGAUAUCUGAAUAUGAAGGGAAUGCCAACUUACAGCCAUUUUCCCGUGAUGGAGAUGUCCUGAAUCCGUAAAGUUUUGAAAUCAAAUAUCCAAAGUCCUCUGGGGUUGCACUUUCAAGUGUGCUUGCAGUGAACAGAAUAAUUCACAAGUGUAUUUUUUCUGGGUGCCAGUCAUUUGAAGUUGAAUUAAUAUCAGCCUCUUCAAUAAUGUCAGAUGUGAUUGAAAGAUACUAGAAAAGCCAUAUCCAUAUGUGUGAUGGGAGGCCUGUUCCUCUGAUGCUAUUGGGGUCUGAAGCUAGAGUGGUGCUCUCCGUCUCUGACCAAGUGGAAAAGAUGAAGAGACAUGCUCACGCAACAAACCCCCCUGACAGAACAGGAGUUCAUCCAUGAAGAGGAUCGAAGAGGACCGCGGACAAGACUCUUAAAUCAGCUGAAAUGCCACAGUCGUUGCACACCAACAUCCAUGACUCGUAGGAAAGGAGGAGCUUUUCUUAUCCUGGAUGAGCAGUGACCUAUAUAGGAGACGGCUCUGAAAUGGACAGCUGUCAUACUGAUUCAGGUAACACGAUUCUGCCAGUUGACAAAGGGAUAUUUGGCCUUCCUGAGGAUGAAGUCAGUGAGCAAUAACAUUCAAAUGGCAUUGGAAUAUGCAGCAGCUUCCAUGAAGAUGACGUCCAGAGGACUUUUGAAGAUAGUACACUACCACUGACAACAGGAGGCAGAAGCUCCGAGGCUAUACAGCAUCAAGAGGAGAGGACACUGCCACUGAAGAAUCUCCAUAUCAAUAUUUACUCGAUAGUCCCAAGAUGAACCCAGCCAGGUUAUUGUGUGCUGCUGUUCCUGAACUGUUGGCCCCUUUUUAUGCUCUGGUAAUACAUAGAUGCAUACAAUACUACUUGUAUUUCUUAGACACAGAAUGCAGCUGACUCAAUAUUUAAAAAGUGAUUUACAAUCAUUACUCAUUAAAUGUACAAUAGACCUACAAGAAACAAAGAAAUGAAGCGAUAAUGGACCACACCUCUGUACAUUAACAUCACAAUUAACCUUAUCUGGCUAAGCCAGUGAACAGUGGACUUUUCUCUGCAUGUAAGAAUACAUAACAUCUGCAUCUAUGCAGAACAUAUGCAGUGAAAAACAGUUUUGUACACAACAGUGGAUCUCAUCUCUAUACAGCAAUUUUGCAGAGGAUGGUGGCCUUACAACUACAACAAUUGGAUGUCGACACGUAAACAAUGGAAUCCAUUCCUACAAAGUGCAAGAUUCUUCACAACGUGCUCUGUAGAUUGCUUGUUUAUUCAAGUGUACUACUGAGUUUUGACUGAAGAUCUACAAGUUGAAGACGGACGAGCUCGUGUUGAAUUCAUCACACUACUUGUACCAUAUAGGAGAGCAAGAUCACAAUAACAUACCCUUUGAAAUUGAAUGUCCAAUGAUUGCAGAGGAGUUGCGAUUUGGAAAGGGACUGAACUUAACGAAGAGCAGUAAGGAAUGAACUGAUGAUCACCAAUCUUAAAUGGAUGGCCCAUUUCACUGAACAAAUUAGAUACUUUAAUCUCCCAUUAUUUAAAUAGGAGAGGAUUGACAGCCUUCGAGUCUUCACUUCAAGUAAAAAUGUGGACCGCAAGAGACUAGUUCAUCAAAGCUAUCAGCAUCACUUGUCCAUUUCAUACAUGUCCGUUUUCACACAGUGAAGGGUUCAGUGAAAAGCAGCGUUAAGAAACCAUGGACAUUACAUGCUCUUUGUAAGUACCUGAGUGAUGAUCAGCUUUUAUUAUGACCUUUAUUCCACAUUCCACUUUCAUGAGUGAUUUAUAUAUGAAUCUGUAGCCGCCUGCUUUUUAUAACUCCCUUCAUCCGCCAUGUAACUUUGUCAUUCCAUGUCCCCCAACAUCUGUUCUACAGAAUGACACCAUUUCAACUUUUCAGGGCAUUAUUUAGACUGAUGGAAUUUUCCCUUACAGGGCAACAUCUAACGAUGAUGCUGCCAGUAGUAAUGUUCUGCUUGACUGCCUACCAAACCUCCCGAGUGGCGCAGCGGUCUAAGACACUGCAUCUCAGUGCUUGAGGCGUCACUACAGACCCCAUGGUUCGAUUCCAGGCUGUAUCACAACCGGCCGUGAUUGGGAGUCCCAUAGGGCGGCGCACAAUUGGCCCAGCGUCGUCCGGGUUUGGCCGGUGUAGGCCGUCAUUGUAAAUAAGAAUUUGUUCUUAACUGACUUGCCUAGUUAAAUAAAGAUAAAAUAAAUAAAUAAAAACCUGGCCUCACAGGCUUUACUGAAUAGGAUGCUAAUCUCUUGUCAUCCUCUACCUCGGCUGGUCUCUCUCCAGCUCUUCCUCUAUAGACCGACGGUUGGCUCGUGACCUAGUCGUUGUGUCCCAGUGGCAAGCGCCUGGGACAAACUCCAGCUCAAGGGACAGUCCCCCAAGGGAUAGAAGUAGAACACCAAAUAACAAAACAGGUAAGUGAACUGUGACAUUUUUGUUUAGUCUCAUUUUGUCUGUUGGCUAACAGUUUGUUUGAUACCCCUCUACAGGAAUGUGACGUCUCUUGGCGAAUUAAGAUAAUUCAUUAAUCAAUGUGAGAAUGAGACUUCUCUUACUCACUCUCACCUCACUUUUCAGAGCCCUAUUACAAUUCAGAUGAACAACUUACGCUGAAUGAACGCUUCUCUAAAAUUCAUGACUCCAGUCCCUCCCCUUCUCCAAGAGACUGGAGAUAUGCAGAAAGGUAAUCCGCCAAUUUAAAUAUAAGAAACUGGUUGAGGAUUAUGGAGGACUAAAAGUGCCACAAUUAAAUAAGUAAAUACACCAUUAAAUAAUUACUUAAAUGUGUCAUUAAUUAAUUAAAAUUAGAAUUAAAUACAUAAAUGUGUUAUUAAAUGUGUCAUUAAUUAAUUCAAAUACCGAUUCAUUUUAUGUAAAAUACAUAUAUAAUAAUUUCACUAUUUACAUUUACAUUUCAUGGUCCUGCGUUGGAGUGCUUCCUGAAUUACUUAAAACUGUCAAACUGACCCAUCAAAAGUUGGUAGGCAGAACCUAACGCCUGAUUGGUUACCCUCUGCAUCAAGCCAAGACAAAUCAAUUCCGGAUAAUGUCAGCAGGUCCUGCUUCUACAUCCUCUGCUAAGUUUAAAAUGUCUCUAACCAACUCCCUGGAAAGUUCACGGAGAUCCUCCAUUGUCUCUAUCCAGGUUGGCCUACUCUACUUCAGACCAAAGCAAUGGAUCAGACUAGAUUCGCGUUAGCCCCGCCCACUGACUUUGAUGGGUCAGUUUGACAGUUUUAAGUAAUUCAUGAAUCACUGCAAUGCAGGAUCAUGAAAUGUAAAUGUAAAUAGUGAAAUAAUUAUAUGUAUUUUACAUAAAAUGAAUCGGUAUUUGAAUUAAUUAAUGACACAUUUAAUAACACAUUUAUGUAUUUAAUUCUAAUUUUAAUUAAUUAAUGACACAUUUAAGUAAUUAUUUAAUGGUGUAUUUAUUUAUUUAAUUGUGGCACUUUUAGUCCUCCAUAGAGGAUUACUGUAAAAUAGUUGAUGUAAAGUUAAUAUAUUGUUAUGAAUGUAUUACAUGGAAUAUAACUGGAACCAUUUUAUUGGUGUAAAAUCUUUGAGGAGCCCUGUGGUUGUGGGUUACAUGGUAUGAUGCAUCACACAAUGGAUGUGGCUUCACACAGCAAUAACUGUAGUUUCAGUCAGGAUUAUUUAGCCAGAUAAUUCACUUUGUCUUGUUUCAUAUUUUAGGCAAACGGACAUGCCACAGGAGAACCACACACCUGAAAGACCCUUCAGGAAACCAGGACCACCACAGGUGAGGAGCACUUCCUGAUUUUGACUGGGUUCAUAGAAAGCUGAAUGUUCAUAGCUUUAGUGUUGGGUGUGGUAACAUGUUUACUGUAAUGAGAGUAAGCUGUCAAAGGAUGCCAUACGUUGAAUGUUGCCUCCCAUAAUUUUGGAAACCUCAGUGAGCAACUCCAUUCCACCAUAUAUGAACAUGCUAUACUCUUAUGUCCCACAGAGACCCAGCUUCCGUCCCAGCAGCCCAAAUCAUAAACCAGGUCCUCCUCCCCAGAGAAAGCCAGGCCCUGAACUGCCCGGUCCCUUUAGGAAGCCACUCAUGGUAUGAAGCCUUUUUGAACAGCUCCUCUUAUAACUUAUGGUCAGUAUGACUUAUUUUAACCCACUGACUGUGUUGUGGGCCUCCUUGGCCUUUUGGAAAUGUAGGUAGUGAUGUCAGGUGGAUGAAGCUGUAUGUCACUGAAAGACUGCAUUUCUGACUGUAGUCUUGCUGAAAUAAUUUUUCCUCCUUUGUAGGGAGGCUUUGUGCCAAGUCCCUUCUCUCAGAGGCAAGUGUUCAGGAAAAGCCAGAGCAUCCUGUCAAAAUACCGCAACAUGCCGACGAUGCGUCAACGCGUACCUCCCAACAGAGGGUCUAAUUACCGCCGCUGGUGACUGACUGCACAAAUCAGGGUUACACACCCUCCCCCCUGGCCUUGUGCUUUGGGUUGCUUCUUUCUCUUGGAGAUGGUCACCUGAUAGAACUCUCCCUGUGCCAACAGGAGUCCAUCAGAAAAAGCCAGAUACACUAAAUGUUUAAUUUUAUUACAUAAUGUUUUAAAUAUAUACAAUAGGCAAUCAGUUUCUAUUCUUCCUGACCGUAGUUAUUAUGGACAUUGUAUUGUGAUUUCACAUCUGUGUUACAGCUCUCAUCACAUAUAGUUUCCAGCACCCCUUUAUCCCAAAUGCUUAGGUUUUGUAUUGUUUUUACUGUAAAGUAGACUAAAAGAGUAUUCCACAGGGGCUGUUGAACAUGAUGCUCUGUGUCAAAUGUGUGUGUGAUCAAGUUUUUAUGAUUCUCAACCUGUAAAAACUACUGAUGCCCCCUGCAUGUCCUGCUCAUUUGAACAUUUGUUUUAAGCUAUUUCAAAUAAAUGGCUGGACAUGC